AUGGCAGCUGGCGGCCUUCUAAUGCUCAUACUGCUAUGCGCAGUCAUGGGGAUAGCGUCGUUUCUCGCUGGCAUACUCCCUCUCCUCUUCUCCCUAUCAGAGCGACAACUCCGUCUCAUAACCGCACUAGGGACUGGUGUGUUAGUAGGAACAUCACUGAUCGUGAUCAUACCGGAGGGUGUGGAGACAUUGUACAGCGCUGGCAAGGAAGGUGGACAUGGCCAUGGUCACGAGAGAAGGGCAGCGGUGCUUCAGGGCAGAAGGCAUGUAGGUCUGAGCAAGCCAGCGGCGGUAUCGUGGUCAAAUCAUGAGCGGAGAGACGAUGUACUCGAUUCCUUAGGCGUGGACGGCAACAUUGCGGUCUGGGAGACUACAGAGCAGUCAGCCGCACAAGAUAUUACAAUACCAAGCACGAGCGCUGGUGAGACAGGCCAUGACGAAGACGAAGAAGACGACCACGAUCACACCGGCCCAGAACCACAUGCAUGGGUAGGCCUCUCCUUAGUUUCAGGUUUCGUCCUGAUGUACCUCAUCGACACUCUCCCCCGCGCCCUCGCAAGCUCCCAGACAAAACCGCGCCGGUUCAGCAUAAGUCUAAUCUCUCUAUCCUUCAACCACUCCGCGGACAAUACCGCCGAAGCAGAGACACCCACGCAAGAGAGUUCCUCUGGCCCUAUGUCCACGGCCAACCUACCCAAACCAAACUCCACAACCCUAGGCCUCCUAAUCCAUGCAACAGCCGACGGAAUCGCGCUAGGAGCUUCCUCCGCCUCAAACACCAAUACUGGCAACCGCCUCACACUGGUGAUCUUCCUGGCUCUCAUGCUGCACAAAGCACCCGCAGCCUUCGGUCUCACAGCCGUACUCCUCAAACAAGGUCUUUCCAAACGCAUGGCCCGAGCCCAUCUCAUCGUCUUCUCUCUCGCAGCGCCCGUGGGCGCAAUAGGGACCUGGAUUGUGGCGAAGAUGUUUGCUGGUGGGUCUAGCGCAAUGAGUGGGAGGGAACCGGCUAGUACGCAGUUCGCGACGGGUGUGCUGUUAUUAUUUUCUGGUGGGACGUUCUUGUAUGUGGCUGUGCAUACUAUGCUUGAGAGUUCCUCGGGAGGUCAUGAGCAUGAUGGGAAUGGGCAGGUAGGUGGGAAUGGGUAUCUGGGGCUUGGGAAUUUGGACGUGGAAGAGGGGGAUGGGUAUGGUAUGGGCAAUGAUUCGGCUAGUAAGCAUCGCGUGUCGGAGGGCGGCGGGGUGGUGGAUGUCCUUGUCACGGUCGCGGGAAUGCUCUUGCCUCUUCUUACUGGGUUGGGUGGGCAUGGGCAUUGA